GUGCUGCGUGCUGCGUGCUGUCGGCGUGUGCGUGCGCAGUACGUGUUCGUGUUUGGGCCCCGUCUAGGAGCAGGGAGCAGACGGCUUUGGCACAUCCUGGCGUGACGGAGCGGGCUGGGCGCGCGGGCAGGCUUUCGCAGCCGAGUGAAAAGGGAGGAGACUGACGGCGAGGCACCGCGAGGCACCGCGGAGCAAGCCGCCCCUGUCGGGCCGCCUUCGAGGGGUCCGGGACGUCGAGCAGCCGCUGCCGGCCCAGCUGCAGGAGAGGUGUCUACUUGCCCUCGCUUGAGUCGUCUGUGGGAAGUCGAGAGUCCUGCACUGCAACCCCUGCUCGCACGAGACAAAGGCUUCGGCGGGCGGCUCCAAGAUGGCCGGGGUGGUGAAGGGCGUGCAGCAGGUUGUAAGUAGCUGCCCCAACGGCACCACCGGCAGCACGGCCAACAGCAACCAGUGUGACGCUUUUAGCUCGGACCCCGACCCCUUGAACGGCGUCGUGGAUAACUUUUCCUUUUCCGCUGAGGUUAACACAAAUAACGACCUGCUUGGCCUCCACCCUGCGUCCACCCCGUCCUCGGACGACCUCAGCCUGCAGGACCUCAUCGACUCCGAGCUGGCGCUGAGGAUAUCGUCGGGCAAGGCGGCCAACGACAGCAACCAGGACGGCCUCCUGCUCGACCUGAGCGAGGAUGGCGACGAGUCGGAGGAGGUCAACAGCGUGGAGAGGCGGCCCGAUUACGUAAACGGCGUCAACGGCGUCAACGGCGUGGUCAACGGGAACCUCGUGUCGGACUUCCUGGACCGGGAGCGCAGCCACACGGACCUGACCGACGACAACGAUAACGACAACGCCCACGCCGAGACCGACGGCGACGAGAGCCUGUCGCUGUCCAAGUCGCUGUCCAGCAACGCGGCGCCCCUGUGCAGCGGCGAGGGGGAGGAGCUGGACGACCUGGACAUGGCCAGCGAGCUGGGCAGCGACGGCCCCGCCGACAGUGACUUCUCCGCCAACGUCCCCGACGGCCAGGCUGCGCGGCCCGGCCUGGGCGACGCUGUGCUGGAGCAGGCUGAGCAGGACACCGAGGAGGAAGCCGACGAGGCGACGCUCGCCGAGGACAUCUCGCUGGCGUCGGACCGCAGCCAGGAGCGCACCGGGUCGCUGCUGGACCUUGACCCCCUGCGGCCCGACAGCCCCCCGGGCUGCGGCCCUGGUGCCGCCCCUGGCUCCGCCGGCGGCGGCAGCGGCAGCGGCGUCGGACUGGUACUCGGCCCCACGGACACCGGGCCGACGGGUACGGCCGGUACGGGUACCGCCGGCACCAGCUCGGAGCAGCAGCCGGGCGAGGACGAGGCGGGCGAAGCGCGGGAGGGGGAAGGACGCUCCACGACUCCCCUCGGCUCCCUCCUCGCCCCCGGGCCUUGUUCGCCCUGCUCGGGCGACGGCCUGUCAGCUGCCGCCACCGCCGCGCCUCCGCCUCACGCGCAGGAGCAGGAGCAACAAGACGCCGAGGAGUCCGACAAGUCCAAGCUCCAGGACGACGACGGCGGCCUGCUGCUGCAGCCCCUGGAGAGCCCCGACCACGUCCCCAGCCCCAGUCCCGACCUGUGUGUUGACGCUAACCGCGACGCCAGUGUGUUGAGCGAGGAUAACAGCAUGGAUAGCAGUGUGUUGAGUGCAGUGCCCUCCGGCCCCGGCCCCGACCCCGCUGGCUUCGAAGAGGGCUUCGAGACCUGGAGCACGGUGGAGGAGGCCGUCAACGACACGGACCUGCUCGCCGGCACGGCCGGCACCAACGGCCAGGUCCAGGACGAGGUAGCGCCUCAGCCCGAGAACAGGGCCAGCCCUGACCUGGACACUGAAUCAGUAUCAGAGACCUCUGAAAAGAAAACGGUUUCCAAGAAGAAAAAGACAGAUGGAACUGAAUCAACCAAGAAGAAAAGCAGGAAGAGCAAGAAAUCAGAUGAAAAAGAAAACAUAUCUGUGCUUACAAAUGGGCAUGGAUUAAAUGGACACAGUGACAAUAAAUUUGAGGUGGUGAGCACCGUAAAUGGUGCCAUCAUUCCCCACAGCAAUGGCUAUGCUGAUCAUUCUGUGGUAGAAGAUGACUUGUCAAAUGUGUGUGUGAAGGACUUGAAAUCUGCUUACGCGAGCCUUACUAAAACUGAGAUCUCCAAAGAUGUGGUAAAAGAUCUUAAGGAUAUUGAUCAUGACAUCAUUUACUGUGGACCUAUCAAGAACCUUAAACAGACAUACUGUAGUGAGGCUAUAAAAGAGUGUAAUGGUACUCGCUCACCUGACACAAAGGAGACAAUAGCAACUGGCAUCUCCAUAAGGGAUCUGAGGCGCAGUUUUGGAGAUUUGAGGAAUUGUGAGAAUUCUGAAAAUGGAGUUGAAUUUACGCCAGAGGAAGAUAUUAGCAGUGAAGGGAAAGCGCGCUCUCUUGGUGAUUUGCGACGUCUUUCAAGAGAUCUAUAUCGACCAGAUAUUAACAAUACAUCAUGCUCACGGAAACCCAUCCACACAGGUGUCUCUGUUAAGGCAUUGCGAGCGAGCUAUUGCAGUCUCAUUAACCUCAACGAACCACCAGUGUCUGACAGUAGACAAAGUUUUUUCAACUCUGAAAUUUUGCUGUCUCCGGUUUUGAAAUCAAGCUUCAGCAAAUUUGACCAGCUGAGCAAAAAGACAGUGCUUCAUGUACGAUCAGUGGAUGCUUCUAAGGUCCAGAAACAAUUUAAUGAGGCAUCCAGCACAUCUCCUGAAGCACAAACCAAUUGCAAGGCUUGUGGGAAGCAAGUGUUUGUAAUGGAACAGAUCAAAGCAGAGAAAUCUGUGUGGCACAAAAAUUGUUUCCGUUGCAAAGAAUGCAGUAAGCAAUUAACUGUUGACAUCUACAGUAGCAACGAAGGCGAUAUUUACUGCAAACCUCAUUUCCGUGAGCUCUUCAAGCCAAAGGCUGUUGUGGAAGAUAGUCCUGAGCCAAUUCGACGCAGAAAACCUGAGCUUAUCAUCCGGGAAAAUCAACCUGUGGAACUGCCGCCAGAUGUUGUCAGAGCAUCUGAUAAGCCUGAUCUCGGCCUAGAAGAACUAUCAAGCUUGAAUGUCAAGUCUCGCUUCCAAGUGUUUGAGAAAACAGACGAUAGGUCUUUGGAAGUGGAGAAAUCUCCAAGCAAUGUAAAUGUCAAGCGUUCGCCUAGCAUAUUGAGCAAGCUGGCCAAAUUUCAGGCUAAAGGUAUGGAUAUUGGAGUGACAGAUGAGUCCCUAAAUGGUAUUCCUUAUGAAGAGAGCUCGACUUCAAGUGAAGAGGAGGAGGAUGAUGGUGAGGGUGAGGAGGAAGAUGGAGACAUUGUCAAGUCCAGACGAGCUACAAGGGAGAGGCCCAUGAGCUUCAGUAAAAUGGAGGAUGUUAAAAGCCGUUGGGAAACUGGCUCUACUGCAAAGAAAGAGGAACGAAGGGAGGAACGCAGACAAGAAAUUCAGACCAUCAGAUCUCGUUUGUUUAUGGGAAAACAAGGAAAGAUGAAGGAGAUGUAUGAACAAGCUGUGAAGGAAAGUGAACAGCCUGCCGCCCGAAGAGGAGCCGAAGUGCGCUCAGAAAAGGCUAAAUCCAUCAAGGAGAAGUUUGAGCGUGGAGAAACCUUGGUCUCUGAUGGGGAAGAAGGGGAAGAUGGUGAUAGAAAGAUCAAGGAUGAAGACCUCGGUGUGUUUGAAGCUGGUAUUUCGAAAAAAUCCAGGUCUCAUUUCAUGGAACUGGAUGCAUCCGCUGCCAAAACAGCGCAGCAAACCACUCCCUCUCGACCUGCUGCCAAAGAUGGAAAUAAGAAGAGAGAGGUUCUGACAAACCAAAGUUCUAGUGAAGUUGUUAAGGCUUCAGAUAAAAUUGAAGAUGUACAGGUUGAAACUGCUGAUAUAUCUUCCAAAUUUAAGUUCUUUGAAACAUACAAAGCACCAGAAAAACAGAAAAAGGCUUUCCGAAUCACACCACCACGAGAGGGCCAAGUGAAGGUCAAUUACUGUUGUACCGAGUCCCCCGAACGAGAAGUGUACCGUGAUCCAGAUGUGGUUCGUGCUGAUGAUUCAAUUGAGGGAGAUGAACUCCAGCACAGUAUGACAACAUCAAAGAUGCUUUCUAUCUUCCGUCAAAUGGAAGAAAAAGCACAAAGAGACGAUGUUCCUGAUGGUCCUAAGCCUCUUAAGUGCUUUACUCCACCUCCAGACUACAAACCAGAGUCUGACAGUUCUGAAGAUGACCGUUCGGAUGAAGAUGAUGACGAAGAUGAUGAGGAAGGAGACGAGGAUGAGAGUGAUGGAGUUAUUCGCUCUUCAGUGAAGGCAGAGGACGAAUUCCUUCAAGCUGCCAAGGCAGCUGCUAAAGCAAAGACUUUACGUGCCAAAUUUGAACAUUGGGAAGAACAAGAAAACAAUAUCAAUUCUGGAGGUGGAAAUAUCAACCCAACUCUCCUGGAAUCUGAACAUGAAAGUAUUGAGUCAACUAAGUCCCUCCGGGCCCGUUUCGAGUCCUUGCGAAACGAAGCAGAAGCACCAAAAGAAAAACCAAGACCAAAAGUGAACAGAUUUGUGGAAAUCCAAACAUCAUGUGCUGAAUUCUGUGACUCCUGUGAGAAGAAGGUCUACCCUCUUGAGAAAGUAGAAACUGGCGGCAAACUAUUCCACAAGGGAUGUUUCCGUUGUAUGCAGUGUAGCUGUAUUUUGAGAAUGGAGAGCUACACGUUGAACAAUGGGAAAUUGUAUUGUAUUCCACACUUCAAGCAGUUAUUUAUUUCUAAAGGAAAUUAUGAUGAGGGCUUUGGUCUGGAUCAACACAAGCGCAAGUGGAACAGCACAAUGAAAGAGAAUGGAGACAUCUUACUUAGCGGGAUUGAUGCAAACGGCAACAACCAUUGAUUGAGCUACCACAACAGCACUACUUGGUGAUCUCACUCAUGAAGAUAAGUGCCAUUUGGUGGAAUGAAGGAUGAACAGUACCUCUGAUACUUCCAUUUUGUGUGAAUAUUUUAAUUUAAAUUUUAUCCAUGAAUUGAGAGUUACAAACUCUUCUUUUUUUUCAAUGACAAAAUCCACCUUUUCUUGCCUGUUGACAAUAGUGCUUUAGAUGUUAUCAAAUCACAAGUUCUUUUAUGGGUCCAAUUCUUGGGUUAUGAAUUUGGUAACCUAUUAUAUUUUGGGUGGACGAGUUUCAUUUGUAAUCUUCCACAAACACUUGUUGUCAUCGGUGUUUAUGGAUCCUAUGUUCUUUCUUGUUUAGUAUCGGGCAUGCAGCAAUAGCAUUUGUAGAAUGUUUGUUAAUGUGUCCCAGGGUCACCUUACUUUUUCUGCUUCUUUACAAGAGACUGGAAAAAGGCAUUUUGUGUAUAAAUUUUAUCUGCAUGUCCUCAACUGUUGUUUCUCAAUUUGCUAUCAUUUGCUGUGAUGUCUUAACCGUUGUAAAAGUACUGAGGAAUCUGUGUGGUGAAGUAUGUUGCUCUUUUAAAUAAUUUAAGUUUUAAAAUACAAAGGAUUUAUGUGACCAACCAACUUGGUUCCUCUUAUGAUUAUUGUGCCUAUUGGGUCUGAAAUCAAAAUUUGCAAAUUCUGUGAUCAAAUUUUAUUUCAGUUUUAGUUUUGAAAUUAUUGUACAUUUCAUAUACUUUGUCAAAUAUGUAAAGUUUGUCAAAAAAUGUACAUCACUGUAGACCUGCUUUUAUGUUGUUUUUGUUUUCUAUGAAGUUGUAGAUAGAUUUGUAUAUUUUAUCGACAUUUUGAAUGUACCUUUUGAAUGUAUACCUGUACUCCAAAAAUGAUUCUCAUCUUAUCUGAUAUUUUUUCCUGCAAUAAAUCAUGAUCCUUAUUUAAUCUUAA